AUGACACCGUCCAUUCCAUCCAGAAAGAGUUUUGCGUCGCUCCAAAGUUUAGCCGUGUGGCCAAUAUCGAAAGAAAAACGCGCGCUGUUGACGGAGGCGAACCAGAAAUGCACUGGAAAUCCGCUGAUGUACAACGGCAAGUUAUGCGCCUCCACGACAAAAUACGCUGACGGCAACAAGGGUGCGUGCGGCUGCGGGCCCGCUGACAACAACGAUCAGUUUGAAUGGAACCACAGCGGGUUCGUGGCUGCAGCCAAUCAGGCCCUAUUCGACGCCGGGGAGGCUUCAUGGUGCGGUGAAUCGUGUGGAAAAUGCGUCAAGCUCACCACCACUGGUGGUUUCGUCGAUGGCCAGGGCCAGGCAACGGCCGAUGGUCAGUCAAGGAUAUUCAUGAUAACCAAUCUCUGCCCCAACGAGGCCCCCAACCUGAGCUGGUGCAGUCAACAAGGAAGUGUCGGCGUCAACCAGUAUGGCUACGGAGCGCACUUUGACCUCGAAAACGGCGCCAAUCAGAUCUCCGGUAUGGGCUGGGAUAACCCGGAAGUGACGUGGGAAUGGACCGACUGCGAUGGAGGCCACUUAGAAUAUUCGAGCACACCUAACGACGAUAUGUACAAGACGUGCCAAUGCGGGCAAACUGAAAAUGAGUACAAAACAAUGCAUAUAUCUUUAUAUUAGUUAAUAGUC